AUGGAGGAGAAGAAGAAGAAGAAAAGCCCCAAAGCCCACCUAGCUCAGCCAGUUCCAGCCAGUGCUCUCCGUAAGCUGCCAGUCCCUUCUAGCAAGAGCACCUCUUUCUCCCUGGGGAUGCCUCAUCUCCCAUCGCCAAAGCAAAGAGCCAAGUUCAAGAGGUCAGCCAAAGGUUGGGGCAGAGCUGCAUGGUUUCCUCUGGGAGGGAUUUGAACCCAGAGCCCAGCUGGCUAGAAUUUCAUCCGUCUAGCCACUGCCAAGCAGAAAGAUGUGAAACUUGGGUGGAGGUGUUUUAAAGCUUAUGUUUGUGUUCCUACCUUUAAAUAGGACUGUUCGAAAUUGGACACUCCAUGCAUGCUUAAAGACAUUUUAACCUUAUGCUGAUUUAUUUUUUUAAAAAACCAAGCUGCUUUCCAUCAGAGAAAGGCAUUUUGCCAUUGCCCAGAGGCACCCUUUUCUUGCUACUGCUUUGAGUUUGAUGAUUUGCAUUUCAAUGGUUGCAUCAUUGUUGCUUUUUUACAUUUUGAAGCUGUUUUGAUUGACUUUUCGUAGGGGGAGAGCAGGGUAUAAUUUUUAAAAGUAAGAUAAAAUUAAUAGGUCUGCUUUUUAAAAAAGCUGGCUGCCUUCACAAAAGGAGGGCACUCGGCACAUGCUUAGAGUCACUUAGCCCCUGGAAGCAUCAUUGGAAAUGAAAAACUUGGCAACCCUGCUUUUGAAUAAAAUUAUCUCAGCAUCUCCUUGCAGUAGCAAACUGUGCACAGUCAAAAACAGUGAGUCAAUGUAUGAAGAAUUACAGUGUCUUGGUUAUGCCUUGCUAAAGUCAGAAGCGGUCCUUGCUCCACCCCACAGUGCCUUAAGGCAGCCUUCAGAUGCUUGGGACUACAACUCCCACCAGCUCCAGCCAGGUUGGCAACAGCUUACCUAAGGUCCGUUUCCCUUAGAGAGAGCCCAACUCUUUCCCCUUUGAAAUGACAGCUCUCCCCAAAUUAUAAUCCAAGGCAAAGGGGACCCAGGCUUCCAGUUUGGGGCUGCCCUUAAAGGUGGCAGGAGGGAAGAUGGACACGAUUGAGUGCUGUGAGCAAUGUCCUCUGGAGCAGGCCUCACUGAAAUGAAAGGAGACCUUUGCUAGAGCAAGUCAGGUGGGUGCCUGGGUGGAAUCUAGGCCGUGGCCUUGAGUCAAUGGCAUUUCUUUAUCCAGUAAACAAAGCAAAAGGAUUUGACUUCCUAGUCCAGGUCUUGUGGCCUGGUGUGUGGGAGGUGGGAGGGAGUUGGAAGGAAUAUGUCUCUUGAGCUGAAAGUUCUGGGCUGAGAACUUUUGCUUUGAAGUUGUGGGUAAGCAGAUCAAUGUCCAGUGGCCGGGGUGAUGAUAUAGCACAAUUUCUAGCAGCAUUUAUGGGGAGGCCAGCUGCUGAGAAGAAGUCUGCAUACAAGAAAAAGGCUCUGCUCCUAUCCAGUUAGCUGUCCAACUUUCUGUUCCUCCCUGGGAAAAAAUCACCCCAAUGCCUCCCUGUUAAGAAUUUGGGGUGGGGGAUCCCUCAGCUCUCCCCCACAACUUCCAUAGGAGGAGGUGCGGCUGCCCUCCUAGGAGAGAUUUUGGCGUGUUUCCACCCCUGCAUGCCCAACUGACCAUUGCGUUGGCAGAGCCCUGGCUCCUUGGCAAGGAAAGUGGAAAUGAUGCUGAGGACAAUCUUGGAGGCCGUCUCUGGCUUCCUUUGUGCUCUGAGGAAGGAAGACGGACUUCCUGCCUGGUCCCACCCCACCCAUCACCUUUUCUUAUUGCUGUUGUCUGAUGCAGAGCAAACAAGGAGAAGCCCCGAGCUCCCCAGCCCGGAGGCAGCGCUGCCACAGCAGCUGUGGGGACCCCUCUGCAGCACUCGUUCCUGACCGACGUCUCGGAUGUGUACGAGAUGGAGGGGGGCCUCCUGAACCUCUUGAACGACUUCCAUUCGGGAAAGCUGCAGGCUUUUGGUAAGCGCUUCGGUUAUUUCUCGGCCCUUGAGUUCUGAGGGAGAAAAACAUCUCAGAAAUAUCUGUUUCUGGACGGUGUGUUGUAAUAUGCAGGGUGUUGGAUGGGGAACGGCAAGGCCUGAAUUCGAAUCUUUGCUUAGCAAGUGCAAUUAGCUGAAUUAAACUUUCUCAGUCUCACCUAGCUAACUGGGGUUGGCAUCUCCUAGAAGCUCCAUGGAAUAACGCUGGUGUUCUUUUUCUCAACUAACGCAGGGAAGGAAUGUUCCUUUGAGCAGCUGGAGCACGUUCGGGAGAUGCAGGAGAAGUUGGCUCGCCUGCAUUUCAGCCUCGAUGUCUACGUGGAGGAACUUGCCGAGGACCAGAAGAAGACGGUGGCCGACAGGAACCUGGAUCAGCUGCUGACAAAUGUGAGUGCUGUGAGGAAUUCUGGAAUCCCUUUUCUGGCUGAGAGACUCUCGCCCUCUCUGACCUCCUUGUUCAGCCCGGAACUGAAGAGCUCAGGCUGCAUACACUUUGAAACACAUCCAAAGCACACACUUUCCCUCAAAGAAUUCUGGGCAAUGUAGUUUAAAGGUUGCUGGGAAUUGUUAGACUGUGAGGGGUAAACCAUAGGGCCUAGAAUUCUUUGAGUUGGGCGGAUGUCCUUUACAAUAUAUAGUCACAAAUGUUGUCCCGCACAAGACAUGUUUGGGUGCAUAUGCCUUUAUUAUGGAAACCCAGCAUACUUAAAAUAUAAUUGCCUCUGCCCCUGAGAAGUUUAUGAGUAUCCAUGACAUCCCAACUACUCAGUCCAUCUGUAGGGUGCAUUUGCAGGUGAUAGGUAACAAUCUUUUACUUACUGACAAAAUCACACUCAUCUGCCUGCUGGGGGAGACCUUGCUCUGUGCUCCUCCAAUAUUUAUGGCCAGCCUGGUGGUUUUGGCCAAGCCCUAUACCUGAUCAGCUGUUGGGCAGGUAAAGGUGUGGCUGAGACAGAAGAGGUUUGCAGGUACUGGUGAUCAGCUGAUCAUCAGGACUUGCAGUGUUCUGUGAGCAGCACUCUGCAAGCCCCACCAGUGAGCUGAUCGUCUGCAUGGACAAAAACUGCUUCUCUGACAUUGUGACGUCGGGUGAUUGACUGGCCUGCCUAUCAAGCUUGGCCUAUGGGGGAGGUAAGGAUCCAUCCAGCCUCCUGGCCAGAUCCAGUUCCAAAACCCUGCAAUAGAGCUUUCUCCAUGUUGGUGCAAUAUCUAUGGGACUCUCUUCUGCAUUUUAGGAAACAAGUUAACUUUCUUAAUCUUGAUCCAUUUUUAAAGUACCUGCCGGCUAAAUAAGGGAAUAUGACAUAUUGGAUAUCCCCUCUCUUUAAAUUUUGGCAAAUGGCAGCCACAGAGGUGGCAGUGGGAGAUCCCUCUGGCUUCUCCCUUAACAGAACAAAUACCUGUUUCAUGUAUUUCUGAAAAAUGGGGUUUUGUGCGUGUAUGUGUUAAAAACACCACCAUACACACUCACUCACUGCCUGCACCCCUGAUGCUCAUCACUGCCUUCUCCCAGAAGCUGCUAUUUGCCAAAAUCUAAAGAGGGGGAUGAUCCUAUCACAGCGCUCCAUCACCUUGCUUAGUGUGGCCCCAGUUUAUUUCCACUGCAGAAGUUCCUCUUAAAGAGCUCCUUGUGUUUGUUUGUGGCUGACUCUCUUUUGCUUUUGCAGCUGGAAGAACUCAGCAACUCCAUGUAUCCUCCUUAUGGUGCCCAGUGUGUGAAUGCCCAAGCCAUUUCCCAGGCGGACUGGGGGCAGAGGCGAUGGUGGGGGUGAAGGGUGGGACGCUGGGUGGGGUACAGGGAAGAAGUAGUCUAUCCAUCUGUGGCAGAUAGGCAAGGUUGAAUAGUCCAGCUACUCCUUUUUUAAAUAGGAGAUUCCCCCCGGCUCCCUCCUCCUCUCUUUCCCCAAGAGAAGCAGCAUCAGAGUGAAAAGGUAUGUCUGCAGAGAAGAAGGGGGGCGGGCAUCAUAGCUUAGCUGCCUUCCAUUUUUCCUUAAUAAGACACCUCAGACAAAAGCUCCACCUGGCAGAAAACCCUGACUUGGAGGAUGCGUCCACAGUCUAG